AGCUGUAUGAAUUUAAUAAUUUAAUGGCAUUUUACGGAAACGCAACAAAACGCAGUUUUCAGAUAAUCUGCGAAACAAAAGGCCGCACUUAUAAGCAGUGAGGCCCGAAGGGGCAAAAUUUCACCCAUUUCGAAGCUUUUACUCGUGAUCUUCCCGCAUUUCUCAUAUACCUACCCUGGUAUCGGAAUCCUGAUUCCCAGCUCGAUUAUUCUGACAUCAAGCAUGAAGAUUUUCUGGGCAUCUUCGGACUUCAGUUUAGUGCGGGUUUGUUGAGAAACUUGUUCCUUCUGCUGAUCUUGAGGCGCUCUGAAUGCAGGCUUUCUGUUUACAGACUGCACAGAGUAGUUCAAUGAAAUCAUGAACAACCACACAUUUGGGCCAGGAAGCCCCAAGCCCUCGCAUGCUUAUUCCAGAGGGGACAUUGAUUUGGAAUCUGGAAACUUUAGAAAACACAGAAAGCCAAAAAGUUCGGUGUCCAGAUUUAUCAGAAUGAUCAAAUCUAUUGGAAACCAAAUCAGCUUUUUCUAUAAGCUGCACUCCCUUGCAAUUUUUAUUGCCUCUUUAAUAUUUGGUGUGGCUGUGUUGAUUGUUCUGUCAAUGUAUGAAAAUAGUUUACGGUUGAUGAAGAACCAAAAUGACAAAUUAAGUUUAGCUUCUGAUUUUUAUCCUUUGAAGAAUUUGCAUAAUCUUGUUAUGGUAGCCGGACAUUCUAUUUACAUUAGUAGGAGCUGUGGAAAGUUUGAUAGGGAAGACUCAUGGUUCUUGGAGCCUUAUCAAAGAAAUCCAGGCCAAGCUUCUACUUUCGUUGCUCAUAUUAAGGAGGGAGUGGAGAUUGCAGCUCAAGAUGAGAGUGCUCUUCUUUUGUUUAGUGGUGGGGAAACUCGUAAAGAUGCUGGACCUCGGGGCGAGGCACAAAGUUACUGGGGUGUUGCAGAAGCAGAAGGGUGGUUUGGGAAAGAAAAUAAUGUGAAAAAUAGAGCACUCACAGAAGAGCAUGCAAGGGACAGCUUUGAGAAUCUUCUUUUUAGCGUUUGCCGAUUUCGAGAGCUUACUGGUUCUUAUCCUCGGAAUAUUACUGUUGUAAGCUACGAUUUCAAAAAAGAGAGGUUUUCCGGCCUGCACCGAUCUGCAAUCCGAUUCCCAGAAGAAAGAUUCAUCUUCUUCGGCACUCCAACGACUGCUGCUUCAAAGGACGCAGCCAUGGCGGGGGAAGCCAUUGUCAGAGCUCAGUUCCAGGUCGAUCCUUAUGGCUGUACAGGCUCUCUUCACUACAAGCGGCUGAAAAGGGAUCCAUUUCAUCGUUCUGUUCCCUAUCCUGGAGGUUGCCCUGAGCUGAAAGGCUUGUUCAGCUACUGUGGCCCUGCUAUUUUUACUGGCAAGCUUCCAUGGUGAUGACUAUUUGUAGCAUUAGGAGGCAAAGAAUAUUAAAGUUUGUGUUUAUGUAAAUGCAUAAGAAUUGUGUGGUAUGCAUGUCAAUGCUCCUAUAAUUAUUUAGGAUUUAUAGUGUCAUAUUAACUCAUAUACGUGUUAAGAGCACAAUUUUUAGAACAAUUUGGAUAUAAAUUUUGGCAUGAUUUAUCAAGUAA